UGUGGUCGAGUGCACAAUGGCUCAAGCUGCGUCUAAAACAUGCGAAGUUUGCGUGAGUGCCCCUGGAUCACACUAUUGCAUAGACUGUGAGGAAUACUAUUGUGAAAAUUGUAAGCUGCUACAUAAUAGGCAGAAAUUAUCGAGAAACCAUCAGUUUCAAAAAGCUUCCGACCUGAUCCCAGAAGGUAAAUCUAAAUGUAGUGAACACAAAGAAGAAUUAACGUUAUUGUGUAAUACAUGCAAUGUACCAGUUUGUACCAGUUGUGUGGCAGGAAAUCACAAUGGGCAUACAUUUUCCAAAUUUGUCGAUGUAGUCACGAAAUUACGAGGGGAAAAUGAAACAAAAAUUCGUGCCAAGACAAAUGAGGCAAAUCGAAAUAUUAAGAUGAUUGAGGAUAGCUUGAGAUCUUUUGAUACUGCCGUUGACUCUGUUAUAAAAGACAUCACCGAUGAAAGCAACAUGAUUAAGCUCAUGGUGGAUACAGCCGUAGCUCAGAUGAUUGCUGUAGUAAAAGAACAAUCCAAGAAGGAGAAAGACAAACUGAUGAAUAUGUUGUCUGAUGCUAAAUCCGUACUUGCUGCUGGGCAGAACUUAGAACAGAAAAGAAAGGGUUUAGAUAAAACAAGGCAGGAUGGAACUAUGGUACAACAGAUGAAAAAUCUGAAAGGAGAAAUCAACAAACUACGUAUAAAUGCUGAUCCAGAAUUUCCCAAUAUAUCCUUCAAUCGCAAAUCUGUAGCUGAAGAUGACAUCAGACAACUGAUAGGUACAUAUACUAUAAGCAAUUGUUCACCAGUCUUAGAAACAAAGGAGCAACGCCAUGGUUACUUACACAGAUGUUCUGAUUUCGUCCCACCAAUUAUAACAACAACAACACCAAUUAUAACACCAGCAACACCAAUUAUUGGAUAUAUGACGUUCUCAUGUGGUGUGACACCUGUGGAUGAGAAAUUUAUGUUCAAUGUUGAACUGUCUUGA